AUGGGUACUAAAAGUGAAAGAAUUCAGGACAUACAGCGUAUCGCUUGCUUGCGGCAAGGGAAUAUCAUAGCAGCGUCUCCCAUGGAUGAAGCCAACCUGCUAGCUGAACACUUUGGGAGUUGCAGCGCUUUCUGCAUUGUAGACCUGAUCAUCAAGUGGCCUGUAUCUUUCGUCGUUACCCCUGACUUCGUGCCUUUCAUAAUAUUAUUUGUGGACGACGGCUUGCAAAAUCUCGUCCUAAUCAACUCCAAGGCUGAGGUUUCGCGUCUCGGUGGACACUCCUUGUGUUAUACCCAUUCUGAAGAGGAGCCUUCUCCAGUCCGAAAAAUGUCAUAG